AAGCCACCCAGGUGGAAGACACCAGCAUAAAGUGUCCGGGAGUGAUGAUAGAGGUACCAGCCAACGAGAUCUCUGUUGAAGUGAGCCUGAACAACGGUGCCAGCUUCAUCAGCAACGGGCUCAAGAUCAGCAGCAAGGACUGUGGAGGUCACAGGACUGGCCAGACGAUGCGCAUCAGCCCCUCAGGGUUUCCGCCUACGCACAGCUCGUCUGUCAUCAGGCCCAUGAGGAAAGUCCUCAGGAGAAACACAGGGCUGGCCCAAGUACAGCAGCCACCUGACCUUUCCAAUGCGGCAGUGGCGGGUCCCGGAAAUCAAGGCUCACAGUUCCCCAACAUCAACCCUUACCACUUGGAUGCGUGCAUGCUGGUACUAAUACUGAUGAUAGGGUGCUUGUGGCUACUCCACUGCAGAAAGGAACCUUGUUUACAAACGUGCCCCAUGGUGGUGGUCCCUUGUGGUGGAGAUGACAACCUAAAAAACCUAGAGGACAAACUGGACACUCUGCACAUGCAGAUCGUGUGCAACAUAUUACAAAACCGCAAUCGGAGCCCAGGGAUAUGUCAUAGCCCAGGCGCAAGCCAUGUCCCUUACUCAGGUCGAGAGGUGGGAGGAUGCGCAGGUACCCACGCUGCUGCCUGCAACCCAGCCUGGCGUGCUGUCCCCUCGACAACUGCUGGAUGUGUUGCCCAUAUUCCCCGUGCCAACCUCCCCAACUCAUAUGCUCCCAGCCUCCCCGACCCAUAUGCUCCCGGCCCCCACAAUCGGUCUGCUCCAGGCAGCCCUCCAGGAUGUUGCCAAUGAUCCCUGGCCCAGUUGGAAGACGUGGUGGAAUCCCUUUGGCACUCCUACCCCCAUAGACCAGUCAAUAAAUCCUGCAAA